GCGCCAGAUCGCCAGCCUGACACCAGCCCCCUCGGGGGACCAGCCGCUGAGCCUCACUGGCAGCCAGUUUGGGUUCCAGGAAGUCAUCCCAGCAGCGCCGCCAUGUCCCGGCCCAGCAGCAAGGCCAUUUACAUACACCGGAAAGAGUACUUGAACACCCUCAGCUCAGAGCCCACCCGCCUGCAGCACAGGGUAGAGCACCUGAUGACAUGUAAGCUGGGCACUCAGGGCAUCAGGGACCUCAAAGAUGCUGUGAAGAAGCUGCAGGAGGUGGAUGCUCAGGGCCGGGUGUGGAGCCAGAACUUGUUCCUGCAGGUCAGAGAUGGCCAGCUCCAGCUGCUGGAUAUCGAGACCAAGGAGGAGCUGGACUCUUACCGCCUGGACAGCAUCCAGGCCGUGGACGUGGUGCCCAGCUCCUGCUCUUAUGACAACAUCCUGGCCAUCACCGUGCGGGAGCCAGGCCCGUCAGGCCCGCCAGGCAGCAGCACUCUGUUCUUCCAGUGCCAGGAAGUGGGGGCACAGAGACUGAAGACCAGCCUGCAGAAGGCCCUGGAGGAAGAGCGGGAGAGCAGACCUCCACUGGGAGCCCUUCACCAAGGCCAGGACAGAUGGCAGGGGACUCCUCAAGAAAGGCCACUCCCCAAGGAGCAGGCACCCGCCCUGGUGCAGGGACUUCCUCCCCAACAGCCCCAUUGGAUGGCCAAAGAGCACUACACACAACCAUCCCCAAGGCCCCUGUCACGACAUUCGAGUGCCCAAGGAGAACCAAGCGCCAUCCCCCCACCUUUUCCGAAGCGGCCCCCAUCCCCCCAGGACCCAAUGAGGGACCAGGAGGUGCUGAACCACGUCCUGGAGGACAUCGAGCUGUUUAUGAAAUGGCUGAAUGAGGCCGAGGCAAACACCACUCUGAAGACGAAGAAUAAACUGGGGAAGAAAAAAGACAAGUAUAAGGGGGGGCUGACACAGGCGCAGUACAUCGAUUGCUUCCAGAAGUUCAAGUACAGCUUCAACCUCCUGGGCAAGCUGGCCACCCACCUGCAGACUCCAAGUCCCGAUCAUUUGCUGCACCUCCUCUUCAACACUCUGGACUCGGUCCUGACCAAGUGCCCCGAGCGUGGCCUCGCAGCACAAGUGACCUCGCCCCUCCUCACCCGCAAAGCCGUGGACCUGCUGCAGCUCUAUCUCAGCCCACCUGAAAGUAACCUGUGGAGGAGCCUGGGCGUGGCCUGGACCACCAGCCGGGACAACUGGACAGGCAAGGAGCCCCCACCCUACCAACCCACGUUCUAUGAUGGUUGGCAGAUUCCAGAACCUUUCAACCUGGCACCCUCGGAAUACCAGGACUCCACUUCCUUCCAGGAGGGCAGUGUUAGGUCAGGGAGCACCUCGAACUGGGCUCGAGAGGAGACACACAACCAUGGCCCUCAGUCUGGGGACCCCAGCCUUGUGCCCUUCACCCCUAGACCUGUGGAGCAAGCCCUGAGAAUGCAAGUCAUACACGAGUUUGAAGCGAGGAAACCGAAAGAGCUGACAGUGGCCCAGGGAGAGGUGGUGGAGGUUCUGGACCACAGCAAGCAGUGGUGGCUGGUGAAGAAUAAGACAGGAGAGAGCGGCUACAUCCCCAGCAAUGUCCUGGAACCCCUAGAGUCAGAGGCCCCCAGGAGCCAGAGCCAGUCGCCCCCUUGGACUCCAGCGCUUCGACUCAGCUCAAGGCCCGAGGAGGUCAGAGCCUGGCUGCAGGCAAAGAACUUCUCCACGUUCACGGUGAAGACCCUGGGGUCCCUGACGGGGUCCCAGCUGCUUCGCUUAAGGCCGGGGGAGCUACAGAUGCUGUGUCCACAGGAGGCCCCUCAGAUCCUGGCGCAGCUGGAGGCUGUCAGGAGGGUGCUAGAGAUAACCCCGUAGGUGCCAGCUCAGACGUCUCCAAGACCGAGGCCUUCUCACGGCAAGAUGGAGGACGCCCUGAGAACUCCUCUUUCAGGUCCCCAGUUCGAAGCCAGCCCCACACCCCACUCCCACAGCAAGGAGGACAGGCAAGCCCUGAGGUCGGCCAAGUGACGUCCCCUCUGGCUGUGUCCGGAGCCCUCUCCAGUUGCCAUCUAUUUAUUGUCUUUGUCCUAAGCCUGCAGCCCUCAUGGCUAGAUUCAGUAGGAUUCUGUGUAGUCCG